AUGAGCGAAACGGUAUCUAGUUCGACAUGUACAAUGACCUAUGUUCCUACGAACAAAGAGAUAAAGGAGAAAAGACGAGGUGUAAAUGGCAAAGCUUCUAUUACCGAAAAGAUUGAAGAAAUUGUAGAGAAGCUCUAUUGGAUGUACUAUAUUCACCUACCAUAUUACUUGAUGACAUCGUUUGACUCAUUUUGUUUGCAUGUUUUUUUUCUAACGAUAUUUAGUUUAAGUGUUUUUGGAGUUAUUAAAUACUGCUUUCUUUGA